GUUAGAUGCGCCUGCAGCACCACGAGAGUUGCAAAAACAUCUAACUGGGGUCGGCUACUCAAUGUCACAGAGUUAGACCAGCGGACAGACAGACAGACAGCAGCCACUGUAAAAUCACCGAUGUCGUUACAUUUGGAUACAUACAGGAUCAUCUUCAAUAAGGCAAUGACCUCUUGAGGAGGUCUCCCAUCCUCCCUCCCCUUGUCCUCUGCAGUUACUGGUCCACCAUGUCUACCCAGAUAUGUAGAGUGGUGGAGCUGAUGAUGCGCUCUGGUUGCUGCUGGACCAUCAGAAGUAGGUCAUGUUUGCAAAAAGCAGUGUUGGUCCCUGUGGGUCAUACUGGCCUUUGCGUCCCAGGGGCUCCUAUGCUUCAUAGAAGGGCCUACAGCCUGGACUCUCUCUCUACGGGUCCUGGUCGGCCCACACUUGGUCAAAGCUCCCAACAGCCUCGUGCAGAGAGGACAUCCCCCUCCUCAGCACUCACACACAGGAACCUGUCUGCUGUGGCUGUACAGGGCCAACGUCGUCCUCUGUGCCGAUAUGACUUCCUGGACCUUGGAGAGGUAGAGGAGAACGUACGCCGUGCUCAGGCCUGUAAAAAAAUCAGACACUUCAUUGUGGACCCAGACCUGGCUGAAUUGGUAACACAGCAUGUAGGAGCUGAGGAUGCUAAAAGUGUUAUCUUCGAAUGUAACCCAGGUCCUGGGGUGUUGACUAAGACACUGCUUAAUGCUGGAGCUCAGAGAGUUGUUGCUCUUGAAGGGGAUACGUUCUUCCUUCGUGAACUACAGGAGUUGGAAGGUCGUCUUGAUGGUCAGCUGGAAGUGGUUCACUGUGACUAUUUCAAACUAGACCCCAUUGGCAGUGGAAACCUUAAACCACCUGUCAUGUUUACUGACAAACUGUUCAAUGACCUGGGAAUAUCAGAAGCUAGCUGGACUGAUGACAUCCCAGUGAAGGUAGUGGGCGUCCUGCCUCUGCGUAAUGAACGUGGCGCGCUGCUGAAGAUGGUUUACGCUUUGUUUGAACGGCUGUCUGUCUACAGAUAUGGAAGAAUAGAGCUCAACCUCUUCAUAAGCGAGAAGGAAUACCAGAAACUGGUGUCACGUCCAGGUGAAAUGAUGCACUACAGAGCCUUCAGUGUCCUCUGGCAGAUGGCCUGUGAUAUUGAACUACUGCACAAGGAGCCCUGGGAGUCAUUUGUGAGGUCUUCAAAACAGAGAGUACCACUCUCCAAGGGCAAGCUUCCCAAUGACCACUUGUGCCUGGUGCGUCUGCGUCCGCGGGCUGAUUUGUUCUCUGCAGGCCUCACUCCUUCUAAUGCUUCAACUCUGCUGAUGAUGAUCAAACAGUGUCUGGCAAAGAGGAAGGUCAAGCUCAUUGACAGGCUCAAUCUGUGGUCUCCAGAUAGUGGGAGUAAGCUGUUAUCGGAGAUGGGCAUGCCGGAGGACAUACUGACAGGCCACGUAUAUCCAGAGGAGUAUCUACGACUGUUCCAGCUGAUGGACAAGAGUCAGGAGUUCACACAGAGCUGGCUUUAUGAAGAGAUUCUGGAGAACACACAGAGGGAGGGUUGGGGCUAAAAUAUAGGCACACAGGUCAUUGUUAUAGUUUUAUACAAAUUGUUACUUGACAAGUAACAAAAUAACAGACAUGCAUAUUAUAGUGAUAAUUUAAUGUAAAGAAUAAUAAUAUAAUGUGUGAUGUAAUAAAACCGGGACACAGAAGAUGCGUAUAUGCAUACAUGCAUAUAUACAUACAAGAACACAACAACUAGUAAUUAGUGAGAUGUUUAUGAAAUGGAUGCAGCAGCUCUCUGCAGUGAAAAGACUAAAAACAAAUGUUGCAGAAUAAAGGUCUGCAUGUUCAUAGUGGCUGAAAAAAUUGCAUCAUGGUUGCAACCAGGUCAUGCAAUGAUAUUUAAUUUUCAGAAAUGUGCAUAUUACCGUAUGAUUGAUGCAAAUGCAGUUUUGAUGAUGCAUUUUAGUGUGACAGCAGUGUCACAAGGUGGUAGCAAGUCUUUGUAUUUAUGUAAAUGUAUAUCACUUAUGAUUUGAAUGUCUGAAAUGUCAUGUUUUAUGGAUUGUGUAAGCUGUGUGUGUGUAAUAUGAUUUGUAAG